AUGUCUCGCCGCUCGUCUUCCGCCAUGUCGGCCCGCUCGCCCUCAAUCGCACACAGCGCCAUCUCCAUCAAGAUGCGGAACUUCGCCAUGCAGGGCAAGCCCGUCAUCGACAUCUCGCUGAACGGCGAGACCGGCUCGCACGGCAGCUACGUCACGUCCGUGUCCACCAUGGACAAGCUGGAGGGCGAGGUGUCCGUCACUGCCCCGCGCGACACCAGAUUCGAUGACAUCGAGAUCGCCUUUGUCGGCCAAUCCACCACAUACGUCGACAAGUUUGCAAGUGCUCCCACCAUGUCCUCGCGCUCCGACGCUACCCAUCAGUUCCUCAAGCUUCGCCAGCCUAUCGACGAGUCCACGCUCCCCAUGCCCAGAAUCGCCGAGGCUGGCCGCACUUACAGGUUCCCCUUCACUUUCGUCAUUCCCGCACAUCUUCUCCCACGCUCCUGCCAACGUUACGGAAACGACCAGGUCCGCGCCGCCCACCUGCAGCUGCCUCCUAGCCUGGGCGACACAUCCAUUGCCGGCCACUGCGGCAAGCUUCUGGAUGACCUCGCCCCGGAAAUGGCAAGGAUUUCUUAUGCCAUCAAGGUGACCGUCACCCGUGAACGCGAGACCGACGCCAAGGUCGUGACGCUUGUGGACAAAAUCAAGAAAGUACGCGUGAAGCCGGCCUUUGAAGAGCAGCCCCCUCUUGUCGUGGGAUCCAACGAUUCCGAGUACCGUCUCAGGCAAGAAAAAAACGUCCGCAAGGGCAUCUUCAAGGGAAAGCUGGGCAGAUUGGUCAUGGAGACGCAGCAGCCACGCAGCCUUUGCAUCCCUGGCGCACGCAUCCCGGUCAAUGGUCCCAUCACCACCUCGGCCAAAGUUGCCUUGCGUUUCGAUCCCGCCGAUGAAAACAGUCUCCCGCCAAGGCUGGGUAGCCUUAGCAGCAAGCUCAGGGUCACAACCUACUUUGCCACCACGCCACGCCGUCAAUUCCCAUCCCACGAGCACGUCAUGCUCGACAUGUCCCAAGGCACCUUCACCGACACUCUUCCGCUCUCUUCGCGUUGUAUGGCCGGCGCCCAAUGGACCAAGCACACGCCCACGGCCGCUGAGAUCGCUGCCGCAUCCGACCCGGCCAUCUCUCGCCGCGACUCGGGCAUCAGCGACUGCUCCGCCGUAUCCACCGGCAAAAACAUCCCCGAGCCAUCAGCCUCCUACGUCGCCGGUAGACCCUACUACACUGCCAACCUCCUCAUCCCGAUCGAAUUGCCCGCCAACAAGACCUUCCUCCCCACCUUCCACUCCUGCCUCAUCUCUCGCGUAUACCGCCUCGACCUUUCCCUCUCCGUCUCCACAACAUCCUCCAUCUCCCUGAAGGUGCCCGUCCAGAUCAGCGCCGAGUCGAGCACCGAGGGCGCUUCCGAGAGUGCUUCGCGCGCCGCCAGCCAGUCGCUGCAGAGCGAGAUGGACGCCGCGAUGAACGAAGUCUUCGCGCCCAGGAGCGUCGCCCCGCCCAGCGCCGAGUUCUUGGAGGGCAGCCAGAGGAUGCAAGCGAUUGGCAAUGCCGCGCCGCCGGGAUACGAGGCCGCGGAUUUCGCCGGCAUGCAGACGAGGGGCGUCGAGACUGUUAUCAGCGUGAUGAGCUGA